UGCACUACUUCCAUCUGGCCUUUCGUUCUAAAGCCCGCCCACAUUUCUCUCAUUACCCCGUCCUCUCAUUUUCCUUGAUUCUCACAUUUGUCUCUGUCAUCUCAGUGCCCUCAAAUCCUCAUCUCUUUUUUUGCUGAGACCUUAGUAUCCUCCCAUUCCUCUUAUAUGUAGAACUCGCCCUCCUUCCCCAGAGUCCUCAUCCCUCCGCCUCAGCGGACCCUGUCACUCUGGGAGCCGCCACUGCCCUGUCCCCGAGGCCAGAGGCCGGGCAGGGAAGCAGCGAGCAGCGCGCGUCGGGCCGGCGUCCGAGGGGCGCCGCGGGGUCUUCCCACUCCCCGGCAGCCCCCGAGCGCGGUGCAGUCUGGGGGAACAUGGCCGCUUCCGGUCUCCCUCCCGGGUCGGCGCUGCCCUGACCGCGGCUCCUGCCGGCGCACGGCGCCCUCAGCUUCUCCCGCCUGGCAGCGGCGGGGGCAGCUUCAGCCUUUCCCUCCCGCUGCCCCGCUGCGCCAUGGAGAAGAGCUCGAGCUGCGAGAGUCUUGGCUCCCAGCCCGCGGCGGCUCGACCGCCCAGCGUGGACUCCUUGUCCAGUGCCUCCACUUCUCAUUCAGAGAAUUCAGUGCAUACAAAAUCAGCUUCUGUUGUAUCAUCAGAUUCCAUUUCAACUUCUGCAGACAACUUUUCUCCUGAUUUGAGGGUCCUGAGGGAGUCUAACAAAUUAGCAGAAAUGGAAGAACCACCCUUGCUUCCAGGAGAAAAUAUUAAAGACAUGGCCAAAGAUGUAACUUAUAUAUGUCCAUUCACUGGUGCUAUACGAGGAACUCUGACUGUCACGAAUUAUAGAUUAUAUUUCAAAAGCAUGGAACGGGACCCCCCAUUUGUUUUAGAUGCUUCUCUUGGUGUGAUAAGUAGAGUAGAAAAAAUUGGUGGUGCUUCUAGUCGAGGUGAAAAUUCUUAUGGACUAGAAACUGUGUGCAAGGAUAUUAGGAAUUUACGUUUUGCUCAUAAACCUGAGGGGCGGACGAGAAGAUCAAUAUUUGAGAAUCUAAUGAAAUAUGCAUUUCCUGUCUCUAAUAACCUGCCUCUUUUUGCUUUUGAAUAUAAAGAAGUAUUCCCGGAAAAUGGGUGGAAACUGUAUGACCCUCUUUUAGAAUAUAGAAGGCAGGGAAUUCCAAAUGAAAGCUGGAGAAUAACAAAGAUAAACGAACGAUAUGAACUUAGUGAUACAUACCCUGCCCUCCUGGUUGUGCCAGCAAAUAUUCCUGAUGAAGAAUUAAAGAGAGUGGCAUCCUUCAGAUCAAGGGGUCGUAUCCCAGUUUUAUCAUGGAUUCAUCCUGAAAGUCAGGCCACAAUCACUCGAUGUAGCCAGCCCAUGGUGGGAGUGAGUGGAAAGCGAAGCAAAGAAGAUGAAAAAUACCUUCAAGCCAUCAUGGAUUCCAAUGCCCAGUCUCACAAAAUCUUUAUAUUUGAUGCCCGGCCAAGUGUUAAUGCUGUUGCCAAUAAGGCAAAGGGUGGAGGUUAUGAAAGUGAAGAUGCAUAUCAAAAUGCAGAACUAGUUUUUCUGGAUAUCCACAAUAUUCAUGUUAUGAGAGAAUCAUUACGAAAACUUAAGGAGAUUGUAUACCCCAACAUUGAGGAAACUCACUGGCUGUCUAACUUGGAAUCUACUCACUGGCUAGAACAUAUUAAGCUUAUUCUUGCAGGAGCUCUUAGAAUUGCUGACAAGGUAGAGUCAGGGAAGACCUCGGUGGUAGUGCAUUGCAGUGACGGCUGGGAUCGCACAGCUCAGCUGACUUCCCUUGCCAUGCUCAUGUUGGAUGGAUACUAUCGAACCCUCCGAGGAUUUGAAGUCCUUGUGGAGAAAGAAUGGCUAAGUUUUGGACAUCGAUUUCAACUAAGAGUUGGCCAUGGAGAUAAGAACCACGCAGAUGCAGACAGAUCGCCUGUUUUUCUUCAGUUUAUUGACUGUGUCUGGCAAAUGACAAGACAGUUUCCUACCGCAUUUGAAUUCAAUGAAUAUUUUCUCAUUACCAUUUUGGACCACCUGUAUAGCUGUUUAUUUGGAACAUUCCUGUGUAACAGUGAACAACAGAGAGGAAAAGAGAAUCUUCCUAAAAGGACUGUGUCACUGUGGUCUUACAUAAAUAGUCAGCAGGAAGACUUCACUAAUCCUCUCUAUGGGAGCUAUUCCAAUCAUGUCCUUUAUCCAGUAGCCAGCAUGCGCCACCUAGAGCUCUGGGUGGGAUAUUACAUAAGGUGGAAUCCACGGAUGAAACCACAGGAACCUAUUCACAGCAGAUAUAAAGAACUUCUUGCCAAACGAGCAGAGCUUCAGAAGAAAGUGGAGGAACUACAGAGAGAGAUUUCCAACCGAUCGACCUCAUCCUCAGAGAGAGCUGGCUCUCCUGCACAGUGUGUCACUCCUGUCCAAACUGUCGUAUGAAGGACUAUUAGAUCAGGGGCCUUACUGCUAUGAACUCUUGAUUACAGUGGCAGCUUUAUGAGUAGAAAGCUAUCUGAAUUUAGAACCCAUCAUCUAUGAGAGAAAGUUCAGCCGCUUUAUUUAUUUUAAAUCUCUCUAGGAUGUGUUUAGAACUGUGGCAGUGCAGGUGGCUUAAGUGAAAUAACUCCAUAUGUAACUACAUGAUUAUGACACUAAUCUUAUAUAAGUCACUCAAAGAAUAUUAAAAUACUUCAAGCCUGGAUCCACAGUGGGAAUAAGUUUCUAAUAUUAAAAGAAAAACUGUCUUACAAAUUUCGGCAUGUUGUAAGAUGAAAACAGACCACUUUAGAAUUAUAUUUUUUGAUGGGAGAGGGCUCAUUGCACAGAGUAACAUCCCAACAUUGAAAUUCUGUGGCAUCAUAUAUAUAUUGGGCCUUGAUGUCAUGACAGAUCAAAAUCAUUUGGUAGCGCUUUCUCCAUCACAGGUUUUUCUUUUUUGUAGUAAUCAAUUCACCUUGAUCACUUUUCACCUUCCAUAUUCUUCAUAUAGUGAAAGGCAAAGUUGAUGAUAUUAUGUUGUAGUGGUAGUUGAAAAUUAUUGCUGUAAUUAUUUAUAUACCUAUUUAAGAUGUAUUAGAUAGCUGUUCCAAAAUGCCUUAUAGAUGUGUUUAGGGGAAGAUGAAUGGGAGAAAGUGGUGGCCAAUCAGGAGUUCAAAGAAUUCCACACCCCUCAGUUAGCUUCCAUUUGCUCCAUUACUAGAAACAUCAUGGAAGAUAUUUUUAAAACUGUUUACCCUUCUUUGUUUUACUUAUUUUUUUGUGUGUCCAAACAUACAGAAGCUAAUUGACAAGUUUUUAAGCAAUUUAAAAAUCUUACUAGAACUGACUUUUCCUGAAGUCUAUAUAAAUAACUUAAGGUGAGAAGUACUGUGCUCAAAUUUUACAUUAAAUAUAUUUUCCUUUGCAAAUUCCGUAAUUCCACUGAAUGAUUAAGUCUACCAAAGAACAUACUGCAUGUAAUAGAUGUAUUACAGUCUCAAUGCCAGUAAAAGAAAUCUUGCUACACUGUUGGCCUGCUACAUAUCAGAGUUCGGUGCUGGUAUAAACAUUUGACUCCCUGAUGUAUAUUUUACUCUAUAUAAGAGCCAUAUGUAAUGUACUGUAACAAAGGAGCUUCUUGUCUCUUGGUCUUUUAAUUAAAAGAAAUUUCAACUGA